GUGGCAUCCUCUUCGCGCGGGCGUUCUCGGUGUGCUUCCGGUGUGAUUAUGCCGAGGCGGCGUUACAGUUGACGGCGUCUCUCAUUCGACUCUUUUUCGCGCUGAUCUUCGGGUUCGAUUGCGUCGUGAGGCGCGUGCGAACCGCAGUACCAGCCGCGCGUUCACGUUCGUCGCACGCGUACGUCGCGCCGACGUACGAAUGCCGAAGGGUGUAAUCGCGUCAACGGCAACCCCCGGAUUAAGCGGGCGACGUUGUCGAUCAGGCCGACAGUGUCCUUGAUUACUUACAGAGACAACACAGAGAUAAUCAGAUCGAUCAAGCGCGCGGAUGAGAGAGAGAGAGAGAGAGAGAGAGAGAGCGCGACGGGCGACAAUUUGAUUCCACUCCUCGGAAAGACGAAACGAUCGGUGAAGAGAGGAACGAGUCGUCAUUUUUCAAUUGCUAGAAAGAGCGAACGUCAAAAGGGCGAAUUGAUAAAAGAGCUUUACUUUUGCUUUCGUUGCUUGCGCUACGCUACAUGGAUUUUUAUCUAGAUUUUCUGCAUAUAAAUGAGAGACACAAGUGAAUGUAAAAAGAAAGAUUAAUUAUACAUACUUGUAUAAAGAUUCGAUUUACAUGAAAAAGUCAUAGAUCAUAAAUACCGAGGUUUUUUAUUUAAAAAAAAAAAAAAAAGAAAAAGAAAAAAAAGAGUAUAAACAUUGAGAUUUUUUAAAAUUUAAUAAUCCGAUUAUUAUAUAAUUAUGUAACGUCAAAGGGUGUAUAAUCCAAGCUAAAGCUUGAAGCAAAUUCCAACGUAAAGUGAUUUAAGUGGAAGAAUAAUUCCACUGAGAAUAAUUCAACAUUGUCAUUAAAUGGAUAGCAACCGUUUCCGUUUUGCUCGAAACGUUUAAGCGCUCAUACUCGGACUCCAACUGUCCGAAUUCAUAUCAGCUGACGUAAACGCAAUUUAAGACAACGUACGGAAAAGAAGAGAGUCAAAACACAAUCCAAGGAAGGUAGGAAGCGUGUGCAAGCGAGUAUUAAUUUAGUUGUGCCAUAAAACUUGCCAACUGUAAGCCUUCCAUAAGCACGGAUUUAAGCGCGCACUUAAAGGAACUGAUACUUAAGUACACGAUUUAAAAUAAUCUGAACAGAAAGCAGAGUCUAUUCUCUCUCGAAGAAGAGGAAAGGAAAGCGACGCUGAUUACGCUGAUCAGUGUGUACGUAUAAAAGCGUUUACUUUUGUAGAAAUUAUAGGAACAAAAAGGUAUGAAAUAAAAAAAAAAAGGAGAUGCGAGUGUAAAACGAAAACCGGAGGCGCGGCGGUUGAAAACUUUGUAAUUGCAAAGUGACGGUGAAUAAUAACCGGGAAGUAGUAAUUUGUGGGUGCCGAGCGAUGUACAGAGACGGAAAUAAUAGUCGAGAUUGUUCACGUUGGAUAAACGAGUAAUUGUAUAAUUCUUAUGCCAUUAUGUCCACGGCAAGACUAGUCUUGAUCGGCCUGAUGUUAUCCUCGACGAGAGUGUCGUCGGAAUUGCACUUGGCGAAAUGUUGCCCGCCAGGAGAAGUCUUCUCGGGACAUUCCACCGUGGAGUGCGUCUCGGUGCCGAGGAACCCCAUGGAGGUUUACGUUCACCAUCGGAAUACUACCGCGGGAGUAUUCCAGGGAAUUCCUCGGUGCGACGAGCCCGAAGAUCUUGUGACGACGCCGCUCGACAACGUUCUCGAUUCCAACAAGUUCUUGGAGGUGCCAGCUUGCCUCGAAAUACUUUACGACCAAAUGGCUGGAGAGAGCACCGUAAUAGUCGUUCAUUGUCGGUCGAAUGAGGACCGACAGGCGAAAGCGAUUAACGCAUCCUUUCCGCAGUUCGCAUACGUCAGAAAAUGUUGCCCUCACGAUACCGUAUACGACAGCCGCACGAAAGCUUGCGUGUCCCGGUUAAACGAAUCGGAGAGCCUCGUGACGUUUUUGCUAAACAGAUCGACCGACGCGGAUCUCGUGGUGGUGGUGGCCGUCAAAGGUCCACCAUCCACGUGCGAAGGACCGAUCGUCGAUUACGAGAUCGACGAAAGUGACGCUUUUCUCUCGCUUACUAAGGAUACAGCUUGCCUCGAGAUGCUGCCGGAUUCCGUUUCUAAUCGAGCAUUAACGGCGCGGGUCUGCAGAGAUCCGGGAUUCUGCGAUCGAAACGCCUGCAUCAGAAAGUGCUGCGCCGAAAAUGAGUUUUUUUACGUCCAGGGAUGCAAUAAACUCGCUGUGCCCGACGAGCCGAUAGAGUUUCACGAGGCUUUCGCGAGCGCCGUGAAUCAAACGAAAUCGUCCACUUUCAACACGACCAAAGAUUACGGAGUUCUGAUUGGGAAGCCGUGCAAGCACAUGUAUUUCACGGAUCCGACAGAGGAAUGGCUGUUGACAUCGGAAGGACAUGUUUUUGUCAAAGAUUACGUCGUCUAUAAUCAGAACAAGUACUGCAUGGACGUCUUUUAUAACAAAAUAGAAUUUGAUAAUAGCUUUCAUUUGUUUAUAUGCUUCGACGGCCCGCCGGAUGAAGUUUCAGUGAGGUACCGAGUGAACAACGCCCUGCAGAUCAUCAGCUGUGCCUUCCUGCUGAUGACCCUGUUGGUGUACGCCUGCCUGCCGAGUCUGCAGAAUCUUCACGGUAAAACGCUCAUGUGCCACGUGAGCAGCCUCCUCCUGGCCUUCACCUGCCUGCCGAUCAUCACGUGGAUCAUUCCCGGCGAUCCGGAUGAGGAGCAACGGGCCAUGAUAACGUGCAAAGCUUUAGCCUACAUGACGCUUUUUGCUUUUCUAUCGGCGUUUUCCUGGCUCAACGUCAUGUGCUUCGACAUAUGGUGGACCUUCGGAGUUUUGCGGGGGAGUACCAUUACGAAGACACACAAGCAUACGAAAAGAUUUUUGCUGUACUGUUUAUAUGCAUGGGGCAUCUCUCUCCUGGUGUCGAUCCUGGCCAUCGUCGCCGAUUCCACGGACGUCCUGCCGGAUUAUCUGCAGCCCGAUAUUGGCAGUAGGAGAUGUUGGUUUACACCAAGUUUGAAUUCAUACGGCGAAUUAACUUUCUUCAUCGGACCAGUAACGAUUCUGCUGAUAUCCAACGUGAUAUUCUUUAUUCUUACGUCAACGCAUUGCAAUAAGGUGAAAGCAGAGAUAAAAAGAAUGACUACGGAUCCUGCGGAUCCCAGAAGCAAACGAUUCCAUUCCGACAGGAAGAAAUUUCUCAUGAACGUCAAGCUGUUCAUCGUCAUGGGGAUGUCCUGGAGCUGCGAGGUGGUGUCGUUUUUCCUGCUAAAAUAUUUAGACUAUGAGUACUGGCACAACGUGUUCUUCUACACGAGCGACGUCUUCAAUUGUCUCCAAGGUCUAUUGAUUUUCAUUCUUUUCGUCUUGAAGAGUCGCGUUUACCAAGCGCUUCGCAAGCGAUUGGGUUUGGAUACUAACGGUAAGAAGAAGCCGACCGGCAACGCCACCACGACUUUACAGGAUCCUUAUAGAGUCAGAAAAACCGCAAGUAACACUACGUUAACGACUACUACAUUCGCAAUUAGUUCAAUGCCGUAAGGUAACAACUUGAGACUGUUUAGCACG